AUGCACGUGAGAGACGCAACGACCGACAACGGCUGGUUACUGGCUCAGCCUCGAUCCGACAAUGCGCUCGCUCUUCAGAUCCACCUAACGACUGUCACCAACCCUCAACAGUUAACGCUUCCUGAUUCUUACUAUUGGGUCGUCGACGGUAAAGAUUGUCGCGGUUUCUCCUCAUCUAUGACUUGGAAAUCUCUCAGGCCACGUUCUACCACUAAAGACUGGGCUAAAUCGAUAUGGUACUCAGGCGCUGUUCCUCAUCAGGCUUUCAAUAUGUGGCUUGCAAAUCUCAACAGACUCCCGACUAAACUACGGCUGGCUGCUUGGGGCUUAAACAUUCAGACUACAUGCUGCUUGUGUAACAGGUAUGAAGAGUCCAGAGACCACCUCUUUCUCACUUGCACGUACGCUACCGAUCUAUGGAGGCUGAUCUUUGCGAGGCUCGACCGUCAACAGGCUCUCCCCAUCACUUGGAGUGAGCUACUGUCUUGGACCAGAACUUCCACCUCCCAAUUGCCAUCAACACUGAAGAAGCUCGCCACUCAAUCACUGCUCUACAACAUUUGGAGACAACGCAGAGUACAACUUUUAGGAGAUUAG